AUAUAUUUUCUAUGUUAUUGUCUUGGGUUAAUUAAUCUUGAUGCCUACUUGGUAUUGUGUUUUAUUGAUGCCUAAUUAAUAAAUUAAUGUCUACUUGGUUUUGUGUUUCAAUUGCUAUUAUUUUUGUGGUAUGCGUUAUGUCGAAGUUUUGUAGGAUAAUAAAUAGUAUCUACAAGCGCCUUAAUGAAUUGAGUUGUCCAUUUCUUGAAAAUAUCAAUGAGAGUUCUUUACCUACACUUUUAUUUGAUUCGAAUAACUUGAGAUUUGAACUGCUUAAGUGGGUUGUGUGCACUUUUGAUCCUGUUUUUGAGGAGUUUUUAGAAGCUUCUAAUUAUCAUACUGAACUUUUUCAACAGAAAUUAAUAACAGCUCUCAGUAUUUUAUUGCAUAGUAGUACUAACUAUGCUGAAUUGUUAUCUGGUAAAGCUUCACAAAAAAAUCAAUUAGAGUUUUGGGAUGACUUAAUUGACAUUCUUUAUACGUCGCAUUUUGGUUAUUCUUAUAGUUUAAGUAAUAAAGAUUUAUCCUCUAAUUGUUGUCAAUCUUUUGAGUUAACAGAAACAUUUUUGAACACAUGUAAAUUUAUUGAUGCCCUUAUACAUGAACAUAAGCCGAAAGAGUUAUUUUCAAAUGAUGUGCACUUAUUUAAUAUAGAAAUUGAAUCCCAGCGUAAAAAACAACCGGUUCCAAGUUUAACUAUGCUCAUUGAAGCUACUGAAAAAAUGAAAGAAGAUCUUGUUACAAAAACAAAUGAGCUAGAAUCUCUUCUAAAAAGUCUAAAUUUUAAAGAACUUGAGAACCACAAUGUGGAAAAUUAUUGUUUUAAAUUUGACUUGUCUUUAAAAAAAUUGUUGCAAAUGGUCAAUCAGUUUAUCUAUAGUUUUGAAUCAGACCUAGAAAUAUGGUGCGACCAGCCAAAAUUAGAAUUGUCAAAUAUUGGACCAAGCAUAAAGUCUUUGACUGAUUUAGUGAGACAUUACUGCUCUAUUAAUGAUAAUCUUUCAAUUCUGAAAAAGAACUCUAGUUAUUUUACUGACAUUUUGAAAGAGAGGCGAAAAUGGAAUGAUGAGAAUCUCUUAAAACCAUCUAGUCUUACUCAAUUAAGAGAAGAAAUUAAUAUUUUAAAACAAUCAAUAUCAAGGAAGUAUUCAAAAUAAAUAUUUUAAAGAAAUUAAUGUUCGGUUAUAAAUAAUCAAUUUUUAAAUGUUUUAAUUUUAGAUAAAUUCAAAAUUGAAAUUAACUUUUAAAUGCUUUUUUAUGUGUUUUUUUUUCUUUCUCUAAUUUGAACUAUUUUAAAUUAGCUUAUUUUCUUAUACCUCAUUCACAUCAAACAAUAAAUUGCGCCUUAAUUGUCUUAUCAAAACAAUAUCGUAAGGUUGUUUUAUUUAAAUAGCUUUUGCGCUUUCUGCGUGGAAUUAAACCCAGUUCAAAAUUUUAUGUGAAUGAAAAAUUAUAAAAUGUGUUUAAAAUGCUGCUGUUAAAACUUGUUU